UCAUUGUUGCAUUGAACAUCAGUAUAACAAACUUUAGACGACAUCAUUUUGUCAUCAAAUUUUUUUAGCUUCUCAAUUUACAACGAAAAUAUGAGUUUAACUAAUCUGGAUAUUUAUUCACCAAAAUCCAAAGACAUGAAUGUCGAUAGAUCAGCAGCCGUAAAACGUUUACAAAAAGAACUAAUGGAAUUAAUGGUCUUCGGUGAUAAAUCUAUAUCGGCAUUUCCGGAUGGUGAAAAUCUUUUCAGAUGGAUUGCUACGAUUGAUGGACCAAAAGAUACCGUAUAUGAUAAACUAUCGUAUAGAAUGAUUAUAAAAUUUAGUGCACAUUAUCCAUUCAAAGCACCGAAUGUAAAAUUUUUAAAUCAUUGUUUCCAUCCUAAUAUUAGUCCUAUGGGCGAUAUUUGUUUGGAUAUCCUAAAGGAAAAUUGGUCAGCAUUAUACGAUGUUCGAACUAUUUUAUUAUCAAUACAAUCAUUGCUUGGUGAACCGAAUCUAGAUUCACCAUUGGAUCAACAAGCGGCACGAUUAUGGGGCCAUCAAGAUUAUCGAAAAUAUGUACUUGAAAAAGUUAAACUUGAAAUUCAUGAAUAAUAGACAAAUUUUUUUUUUUAAAUCAUAAUAAUUAGGAAUUUUUAUUAAUAU